AUGCAGGCCGGUUUGAGAUUAGGCACGGGAACAGGCACCAGCAGUGUUCUCUAUGUGGAUGAGUGUAAGGAGUAUAGUACCCGUGGUUGUGGUCCAGUCGGCAUCUGCACAAACCUCCCCGGUGGCUUCUACUGUGACUGUGUAGCAGGGUUCAAGAAAAGCAAGCUGCCGCAAUACAAGGAUGACACUGGAUACUGUGAAGAUGUGGAUGAGUGUGUGGAAAGUCCUCCUGAUUGUGGUCCAUUCGGCACCUGCCAAAACACAUUUGGUGGCUUCAGCUGCUGCCCACCAGGAUUUAGUAACCAUGGCAACAUCACAAGACCUUGUACAGUAUCCAGUCUCCUGGGCAAUUUGCUAGACUCUCCCCCAGACAGUCUGGCUUGCAAGGGAGAUGCUGUGCUUCAGUCCACUGAGGACCUUGUGUCCACACUGGCCAAACCCACAGCCACCAUAUCCACUGUGGAGAUCCUGAGCAUUGGACCGAGCACGUCCCUGACUGGAGUCUCUCAACUGAUGACCUCUAUUGUUAGUGUUGACAUCGACCUCCUGGGAAUCGCUCACAACAACUACGGAUCAGUGUCCGUGGUGGUCAUCGUCUACAGCAAGAUGCAUGAAAUCCUCAACGCGAGCUUCUUCAAGAUACAACACAGUAGAGCCACAGUUGCCAUGUUGUCCAACGUGAUCUCCAUCACCUUACCAAAUGCGCAUAAUAAAAUGCUUCCACAGUCGGUCAACAUCAGCAUGCAACACCUCAAGUCUGUGGGUCUCCAGGACAAACGGUGGUGCGUGUACUGGAAAGUCUCUUCCUGGAUUCAAGAUGGCUGCUAUGUCAGUGCGACCAACUCCAGCCACACAAUCUGCUCAUGUGAUCACCUCUCCACCUUCGCCCUCAUCAUGUCUGUCGAUGACAACUUAGAGAGUGACCCUGUGAUGAGCAUUCUGAACACCGUCUUGGUGCUGAUUGGCCUGCUGUUCCUGACCUUGGCGGUGAUGACCUUUGCCCUCUGUCGAUGGAACCCCAGGGUGUCCAACGUGGCUCGCCUGAACCUGUGUGUGUGUCUGCUGCUGGCUCACACCCUUUUCCUGCUCACACAGAGUUUCCUCCGACGAAUCAAAGUGCACCAGGCUCUGUGUAAGACCCUGGCUGGAGUCCUGCACUACCUCUUCCUCUCUUCAUUCGUCUGGAUGUUCAUAGAGGCUGUGAUGCUCCUCCUGUCUGUACGGAAGCUCAGGCAGGUCAAACCUAGCGAGAGGGCGUGGCUACAGUGGAAGGUCUCCCUCCCGAUUGGUUACGGGAUCCCGCUUGUCAUCGUGGGUGUGUCUGCUGGAGUGAACCCUGAGGGAUACGGCAGUGAGAAAUGCUGGUUAGUGGAGGGCUUCACAUGGAGUUUCCUUGGCCCUGUUUGUUUCCUCCUUGUUGUCAACACCAUCCUCUUCCUCACAAUAAUCGCCAUCAUCCAGUCUACUCUGAAAGAGGCACGCAGCGACGUCUCAAAGGUCAAAUACACCAGGGUUCUGCUGUUCAAACUCACAGUCCAGUUCCUCAUCCUGGGUUGCCCCUGGUUACUGGGCAUGGGGGCAUCCACAAGUCGGGUUCUAGAGGUUCUCUUCCUGUUCCUCACCUCCCAGCAAGGAACCGCCAUCUUCCUCAUCCACUGCCUCCUCAACACAGAGGUGCGGUGUCAGUACAGGAAGUGGUGGCAGAGGUUCAGUCCGUCCAGCAAGCAGCCAGAGUCAGGAACUGGGACAGGGACAGGACCUGGAACUGGCUCCAUUAGUCUGACCCAGCAGCCAAGCAGGGACACUUAAACACAUGCAUGCACGCACGCAUACCUGCAGAGUGUGUACGCAUACUUGCGAAUAUAUUGCCUUUUUUAGCCUAAUUGUGAGAAGCCAAAAAUGUGUGUAAUGCUUUUUGUUUUUAUCUUAGGGUACUUUCACAUAUAAUCCCUUUUAAGUGAGCCAAAAUCAGUGCUCUGUCCAACAGAAAAAAAUGACUCAGUUCCAUCUGUCUUCAUAUUGUGAGUGUAUUACAAAAAGGA